UAAACUGUGGUCUAGAAGAAAUGCAAUUGGAGGAGGAAGGGGAAGGCAGGAGGAAGAGGCAAUGUCUUAACAAUCGUGCAAUUAAAGUCAAACGGCAGUUUAAUGGGAUAAGCUCAACGCAGAUUGCGUGUCCGCUUCAAACACACAUUCAAACACCCACCCAUCCAAGUUUAAACAAAUCUGAACCAGGCAUCUCUGGGUAAUCAUACUCAUCAAACCUUGGGCUGCAGUGGAUGAAAAGAUACAUUGAUUGAUGGAGAGAGUGUACUCUGUGGACGAUAUAUUGGGCACCUUCUGGAAAUUGGACACACAGGGGGAGAGCCCUAGAAUUGCAAUGCCUAGCCUGGAAGAGGAGGAGGGUGCUCGUCGGAGGCCCUUCAACCGGAGUGCUUCCGAAUGGGCGUUUCAGCGCUUUUUGGCGGAGGCCCCGCCCUCGCCUUCUCCUUCUGCUAAUCCAGAGGAGGACAAGAAGAAGCCUCCUGAGGGAGGCGCACCUCCAGUAGAGACGGAAAAAGCACCCGACCAUAAUCCUCAGGAUUACGAAACUAUUUUGAAGCAGAAGCUUGAUCUCGCCUGCGCGGCCGUUGCUCUCACUCGGGCUUCAGGAACCAAUUUCCAAGAUCCGACUCCCUUGACUGUAGUUUCCCAGCAGUCUCAAAAUGUUGGAACGGAGCUAAAAGCAGUGGCUACAACAUCAGCAUCACAAACCUCUGGAACAGGAUUGCAGCCUAUUUACUGUGGGGCAGUGGGUUCAGCAGUUGCUGAGCCAAUUGGCAUACCGGCGUUGCCUCCCAAGCCACAAAAAAUUGGAAGUGCUCAAUUCAAGGCAACUACCAGCGGAUCGUCGAGGGAGCAAACAGAUGAUGAUGAUCUCGAAGCAGAAUUAGAAGCUAAUCAAUCAACCAUGGAUCCAAGUGACUUGAAAAGAAUGCGAAGAAUGUUAUCAAACAGAGAGUCUGCAAGGCGUUCCAGACGAAGAAAACAAGCACAUUUAAGUGAUCUUGAGAUGCAGGUUGCACAGUUAAGGGUAGAAAAUGCUUCUUUAUUCAAGCGUCUCUCUGAUAUGAGUCAGAAAUACAAUGAAGCUGCUGUUGAUAAUAGGGUACUUAAAGCAGAUGUGGAAGCAUUGAGGGCAAAGGUAAAAAUGGCAGAAGAUAUGGUUGCCAGGGCAUCUGGAGCAAGUCAUUCACUUCAGAAUCCAUCACAAAUUCCACCUGAUUCGCACCUGCAAUAUGUGGGUGGUUCAUUGGAGUUGCCUGCAACUUCUGGUGUUCAAGAUUCCAAUACAUACUUGCAUCAAGGGCAGUCUACUGCAACUCAAGGAAUUCCUCGUACAGUUUCGGACACAACCCAUAAGAGUAGAGAACUAGUAAUGCAUAAUGCUGGAACCAAAAUGGGACGUACACCAUCCAUGCAACGUGUAGCAAGUCUAGAACAUUUGCAAAAGCGAAUCCGUGGAGGAAUGACUUGUGGAUCUAACCCAUGGGGUGGAGCUUGGGAUGUUGAAAGCUCGCCUAAAGUUCAAAAUGGUGGACGGUAGCAUGGAAUCUACAUGCCAGGUCAUCUCUAGUGGGUAUGAUCUUCUAAUUCAUCAGAAUUAUGUUUACAUUACACUUUGAUGUUGAGUGUAAAAAAUUGUAUGCCAACUGGCUGCAGAUUCUACAGAUGACAAAAUCUAACUUAGAUGUGAAAAAUUUAUUUAACCUUUAGUUGUAGAGUACAGGACUCUGGACUUCCACAACUGUGGACUCUGGUUUUCCUCUUUAGCAAGUUGUAUUCAUUGAUUAUGAGAAGCAGCAAAACUUUGCAAAUGUACAAAUGAAAUUUAUAUCUGCAGUAACAUAUUGAGUUUGUCUUGAUUGGUAACUUGGUUAAUAACAAAGGGGGUCAUUUGCUCA